UAAACUAAGAGAAGAACUAGUCAAGCUCAAAUCAUUUGCACUCAUGCUGGUGGAUGAAAGACAAAUGCAUAUUGAACAACUUGGUCAACAAAGCCAGAAAAUACAAGACUUAAAUCAAAAACUAAAGGAAGAAGAAGAAAAGCUCAAAAUUAUUAGUGCAAAAACAAAAGAAGAUGGACAAAAACUGAUGAAGUUAGAGGCAGAACUUGAACACAAAACAUCAUCUUUUUCUCAAGAACAUGAGGAGAUGACUGCUAAACUCGCUAAUCAAGAGUCACAUAAUAGACAGUUAAGGCUUAAGCUCGUGGGGUUGACUCGCAGAAUAGAGGAGCUAGAAGAAACUAACAAAAAUCUUCAAAAAGCUGAGGAGGAACUUCAAGAACUAAGAGAUAAAAUAGCAAAAGGGGAAUGCGGGAACUCUAGCUUAAUGGCAGAAGUGGAAAACCUCCGCAAGCGUGUGCUUGAAAUGGAAGGGAAAGAUGAAGAAAUCACAAAAACUGAAUCCCAGUGUAAAGAGCUGAAAAAUAAACUGCAAGAGGAAGAGCACCACUGCAAAGAGUUGAAACUUGAAGUGGAAAAAUUGCAGAAAAGAAUGUCGGAACUGGAGAAACUGGAAGAGGCUUUCAGUAAAAGUAAGUCUGAAUGCACCCAGCUACACUUAAACUUGGAGAAAGAAAAGAAUUUGACUAAGGAUUUGAUAAAUGAGUUGGAAGUGGUGAAAACUCGAGUGAAAGACCUUGAGGCAUCAGAGAGCAAGUUGGAAAAGGCUGAAAUAAACUUAAAAGAUGACCUUACAAAGCUGAAGUCAUUUACUGUAAUGUUGGUUGAUGAACGAAAAAAUAUGAUGGAAAAAAUAAAACAGGAGGAAAAAAAGGUUGAGGGUCUAAACAAGAAUUUUAAAGUUGAACAAGGGAAAGUUAUGGAUGUAACAGAGAAACUGAUAGAAGAAAGUAAGAAAUUUUUGAAACUGAAAUCUGAAAUGGAGGAAAAAGUGUCUAGUUUGACAAAGGAAAGGGAUGAGUUAAUUGGCAAACUGAGAAGCGAAGAAGAAAAAUCCUCUGAACUAAGCUGUAGAGUUGACCUGUUAAAGAAAAGAAUUGAUGGUAUAGAGGAAGUAGAAAGAGAAAUUACAAGAGGUCGAGCCAGGAAAGGACCAGAGCAUGGCUGUCAUGAGGACAACAAGAUUAAAGAACUUACGGUUGAAAUUGAAAGACUGAAAAAACGUCUCAAACAAUUGGAAGUGGUUGAAGGAGAUUUGAUGAAGACAGAAGAUGAAUAUGAUCAGCUAGAGCAGAAAUUCAGGACUGAGCAGGAUAAAGCUAACUUUCUUUCUCAACAGCUGGAGGAGAUGAAGCUCCAGAUUGCCAAAACCAAAGCAAUAGAAAAAGGUGAAGCAGUGAGCCAGGAGGCAGAGUUGAGGCAUAGGUUUCGUCUGGAAGAGGCCAAAAGCAGAGAUUUGAAAGCAGAAGUUCAAGCUCUUAAGGAAAAAAUCCAUGAGCUGAUGAACAAAGAAGACCAGCUUUCUCAGCUGCAAGUCGAUUAUUCGGUUCUGCAGCAAAGGUUUAUGGAAGAAGAAAAUAAAAACAAGAGCAUGGGGCAGGAAGUUCUGAACCUAACAAGAGAGCUGGAGCUUUCUAAGCGUUACAGCCGUGCUCUGAGGCCCAGCAUAAAUGGACGAAGAAUGGUCGAUGUUCCCGUGACAUCCACUGGCGUGCAAACAGAUGCUGUAAGCAGUGAAGCAGCAGAAGAAGAAACUCCAGCAGUGUUUAUAAGGAAAUCCUUCCAGGAGGAGAAUCACAUCAUGAGCAACCUGCGACAGGUAGGUCUGAAAAAACCCAUGGAGCGUUCUUCAGUGCUUGAGAGAUAUCCUCCAGCCGCGAAUGAACUUGCAAUGAGGAAAUCUUGGAUACCGUGGAUGAGAAAGAGGGAAACUGGGGCUCAGGCAACUCCUGAUAAAGGAACCCGAACGCACAGUAGUCCAGCGCAUCCUGGAGAGGUUGUCCUUUCACCAAAGCAGGGUCAACCUCUUCAUAUUCGGGUGACACCAGACCACGAGAACAGCACAGCUACUUUAGAGAUAACCAGUCCAACCUCAGAGGAAUUUUUUUCAAGUACUACUGUCAUUCCUACUUUGGGAAAUCAGAAGCCACGAAUAACCAUCAUUCCCUCUCCAAACGUUAUGCCCCAAAAAGGGAAAGGAAGUGAAAGUCCCAUGGGUCCAGAUCGUUCUAUGUCUCCAGUCACUAUAACAACAUUCUCCAGGGAAAAGUCCCCAGAGGGAGGGAGAGCACCCUUUGCCGACAGACCUGCAUCGCCCAUUCAGAUUAUGACAGUAUCGACAUCCGCGGCACCGGCAGAAAUCUCUGUCUCUCCGCAGUCACAAGAUAUGACCAUGGGAAGGGCUGUCUUCAAAGUAACACCAGAAAAACAAACCGUCCCAACUCCAAUCCGCAAGUACAAUGCCAACGCCAACAUUAUUACGACAGAAGACAACAAAAUCCACAUCCACUUAGGUUCCCAGUUUAAACGUUCUCCCAGUGCUGCACCUGAUGGCGCGAGUCCUGUGAUAACAGUCAGACCGGUGAACAUAGCAGCAGAGAAAGAAGUUGUGACCGGCACCGUCCUUCGAUCGCCCCGGAACAACCUGUCCUCGCGACCUGCAGCAAGCAAGGUGACAAGUACUAUCACUAUAACGCCUGUUACAACGUCUUCCACACGAGGAACUCAGUCAGUGACAGGACAGGAUGGGUCAUCCCCGAGACCUGCACCCACCCGCAUUCCUGUGUCAAAAGAGAGUGUCAUCAUUCACCAGUUACGCAUGAACUCUAGAUGAGUUACUGCCCCAACGAUACGCUGUGUGCACUACCCUCCUUACCAGUCAGACGGAUCACUGUAGAAGCUCUCUACCAUCAACACCAGGGUCACUUGUGCUACUGAUUAUUUAUGGAAGUAUUUCUUGCUUCCAUCAGAUUUUAUAUAUUUUUUUUCUUGGUAGACCUUUAAGAAUGAAGGGCCUUGCUGAUAUUUGGGAAGUACAUAGUCAGAGAGGGAGAGAAGCAGUCUUUCUGCCAGCUGAAUUUUACUUUUAUUUGCAAAGAAGCCGAAGGCACGUGCUUGAUUUUGUUUGACGCUUGCCAUAUAAUUUAUUUUUAUAAUACACUUUGUAAAGUAACUGUCUCAAAGUUGCAAUUCCUGUUGUCCACGGCGCAUUUAUUUGUAGAAUACA